GCAAUGCAGCGUACUUUUCAUUUUCCUGUACUAAUAAUUACAGUCAGGUAUAGCUGUGCGUGCAGCUGAGAUUUCCUGAUUUAAAACUAGUGAUUACAAGUAUCUAUAAAGAAAAAUUAAUGAGAUUGAUAUGUUCCAACCUCGUAAACCGUACCACGCAAGAGGCUUACGAUAUUGCAAAAAUUAUUGUAUAGCUAAGAGACGUCUGUCUCAUCUGCAGUGCAUGUGUGCAGGCGGCAUAGCUUGUUCUCAGGCUUGAUUUGGAGCUUUAACCUCUAGCUCGUGGGAACUCUAUUUUUAUUUAUUAAUUUUUUUUUAUUGUAGUUCGUGCAGUAUAUAUUAUCUAAUUUAACUGCGUUCUAUUAUAUGCGAUGCUGAUUAUCGAAAAAACUUGGUCGAGUCGCGUGAGCCGUCAGUCGCAACGGAGCCGAAGGCGCCACGAGCCACGACCAACAUAAAAUUCGACCGACACACACGUACACAUGCGCUCUCACAUAUGUAUACGAUAUACUCUAGAUUCUAAGCUAUACACAAAGCGUAUAUAAGACACUGUACAUAACAAUAUACAAUUCUCACCAGUUGGAGGCAAGAAAUGCAGGGUGCUUCUACGUACGGAAUAUAUAUUAUUAUAAGUAUAAAAUAAUGUCCUCAUCUGCUUAUGAGAGAACACAGGAAAGUGAUGCUUGGGCAUUACUGUCUCUCAAACAAUCUUCCGCUUCCGCUAGCCCAACUAAAAAUCAGUGGGUUGAAAGCAAAGCUACGCCAAUUGCUCGGAUAACUAAUAAUGAAAUAGAUUUUUUUAUGCGCCAAAAUCAUGUGGUCAUUGGACGCAACAGUAGCAAAGGCCGCGUGGAUCUCAACAUGGGCCAUACUAGUUUCAUCUCAAGACACCAUUUGGAGAUAAACUACGAGCAACCUAAUUUUUAUCUUACUUGUAAUGGUAAAAAUGGUAUAUUUGUGGAUGGAACUUUUCAAAAUAAAAAUGAAAUUCCUCUUCAAUUGAAUCAGAGGUGUCAGUUUCGAUUUCCCAGUACCACAAUCAAGCUGAAUUUUCAGUCUCUUAUAGAUGAUGAAUCCGGUGUUGUUCAUGCUGCCUCGCCACCCAGAGCAAAACCUACUUUGCAACCUUUGAGUAUUCAUAUUCCAACAAAUAGUUUUGGAAGUCCGUAUCCUUCUCCAACAGGAACAAUUAGUGCUGCCAACUCAUGCCCAGCAAGUCCAAGAGGAGGACAUGGUAAGGGCACUAUAUCACCGGCAUUACUAAUGGCAGUUAAAUCAGCCAUUGUAGCUAACGAUAAUAACAAUUCCAUUGUAGAUAGACAUGAUGCUGUGCAAAAUUCAAGUAGACCGGCAAGUCCAGAGUCUGCAGGUGAUGCACGGUAUAGAGGCGUAGGGGGUCAAAAUGCAAAUGGUAGCGGCAACAUGGGGCAUUACAGUCCUGUAAAAGAUGAUUCCAAGCCACCUUACUCUUAUGCUCAACUAAUUGUACAAGCUAUUGCAUCAGCUUCUGAGAAACAAUUGACUUUGUCAGGAAUUUACUCUUAUAUUACAAAACAUUAUCCUUAUUAUAGAACAGCUGAUAAGGGCUGGCAAAAUUCAAUAAGGCAUAACUUGUCUUUGAAUAGAUACUUUAUAAAAGUACCUAGAAGUCAAGACGAGCCUGGCAAAGGUUCUUUUUGGAAAAUAGAUCCUCAGUCAGAAACAAAGUUAAUUGAACAAUCGUUUCGACGUAGAAGACCAAGGGGAGGCGGAGCAUCUCAAAAUUGUUUUCGAGCACCUUUUGGAUUAUCUUCAAGAAGUGCCCCUGCAUCUCCAUCUCAUGCGGGUAUUAGUGGCAUUAUGACUCCUGAUUGUCUAAGUAGAGAGGGAUCUCCAGGACCAGAAUCAUAUCCAGAUAGCUCAGUACCAUCACCAGCUGGCCAAUUAACAAGCCAAUCAGCACCUGGUUCACCUGGACAUCCUUAUGUGCCGCCACCGCCUAUUCAUAAACCUCGCUUAUUGCAGCAGGUUACAGCAGCUACUAAUGGCAUAAACAACGAUACACAUGAAAAAUAUUCAGUACCUGUAAAUGUAUCUGAUGAACGUGCCACGUCUCCAGUUGGUCAAUACAGUCCAGCACCCGUUAUUGUACAAACACCAUAUAAUUACAGUGGUAACUAUAUGGACACAAUCGAAAAUAAACGUAGACACGAAGAUCCCGACAGCUCUCCUGGCUCACCAGCUGCUCUAGCUAUAGAUGAAGGUCCAGAAUCGUUAGAACAUCAAGCUAAACGCCUACGCACACAUGAAAGUGAAGAGCAUUAAAAAAUUUUAAAGGUGCAAAGCAUGUGUUACUUUAAAUGUUUUCGUAGUUAUAAAUCCCAUCAUAGUUAGCGCUCUCGACCAGGCUUACAUCAAUUGUCGUUGCCAAAUUCUCAACCACUAAUAAUUUAAGGUAGUUAUAAAACUACGUCAAAAGGUGGACGAAUUUCUCGCGAAAUCAUAAAGAUUUAAUUUUGAGCGUAUACAUUUUGUAUAUAGGUAAUUAUACAUAUUUGCCUACGCUCAAACAUGUAUAUAAUAUGUAUACAAAUAUAAUUAUUAGUUUGACUCUUAUAGCUUGUAAAAUGGUCCAUUCAUUUUUUGGCUGUACUAGUUUUAGUGUGAUCUCUAAAAUGAGUAUAGGUGGCAAUUAAUUUCAAAUAUAAAAUUUGUCGCUGUAAAACGGUAUGAAAAUAUAUUUAUUUUAGGAAAACCAA